AUGAGUUAUAAUUAUCUUUUUAAAAUUGUUGUUGUCGGUGACCACAAUUGUGGAAAAUCUUGUAUUCUUUUAAGAUUUGCUGAAAAUUCAUUUAGAAAUGAUCAUAUUAGUACUCUCGGUGUUGAUUUUAAAUUAAAAACAAUAAAAUUAGGAAGUGAUAAAGUAAGAUUAGAAUUAUGGGAUACUGCUGGUAUGGAAAGAUAUAGAACAAUAUAUAAUUCAUAUUAUCAUUCUGCUCAUGGAAUUAUGUGUGUAUUUGAUUUAACUAAUGAAAAAUCAUUUGAAAAUAUUGAAAAUUAUUGGCUUAAACAAAUAAGGACACAUGCUCCACCAAAUGCUGUAAUUGUGCUUGUAGGAAAUAAAGCUGAUUUAGAAAAUGAGCGCAAAGUUGAUUUUGAUCGCGCAGAAAAUUUUGCAAAAAAAACGGGAAUCUCAUUGUAUGAAGUUAGCGCAAAAACGGGUAUUAAUUGUGAAGAGGCAUUUAUGGAUCUUGCAAACCACAUGAAAGAAAGACUUAUUAAUACAAAUAUUAAUGAAGAUAGUGAUGAUUCAGAUGGAUACUCUGGUGCUUUUCAUGUUGAUGGUGUUAUUAUAAAUGAUAAAUCUAGUGGAUCAGCAUUUUCAAAUGCUACUAGUAAUUGUUGUAGUGGAAGCAAUAAACCAUCACCUACUUUUGUAUAA